CUCAUCCCCAAAAAAACGCUGUCAUAUUUUAUCACCUCUUUAACAAUUACAUGGAUUGUUUUUGUAAAUAUCAAUGCACACACAACAUGCAUAUGAUAUAAUAUGAAGAAUGCGUUCCAAUCUCUAGCAAAAUAUUAUGUACCAGAUACGAUACUGAUGUGUUUACGGAAAUCGUCUAUCAACGCAAAGUAGCAACAGUAAAUAGGUACAUAUUAUACAAUGGGAUUUCACGGUAUGACAAUUAUACCAUUUGAUACAGAGGUACCAGGUACGCCUAUUUAUAAUAACAUAUUAAUAAUAUGUAUGCCUAAAUCAUCUGGUGUCCACUGUUAGAAUUAUUCGAGUUAAAGGACAUUAAACGGGUCGAAUUACGAGCACGCGGGUAAAAAUAAACUGCGAAACAUAUUAUAUACAUGUAUAUAAAGCUAAAAUCAAAAAGGGUGUACAUUCACUCCUAACCCAAAUUAAGUAGAGUUAUGAGCUACAGACGGAAGAAAGGCCGCGUGGAUAACACGCGGGUAUAUAACAUUGGGCAAGUAUAUAUAGGUAUGGAUCGUGUGCCGACGGUGAAAGAGCGAUCGCGCGGGGGAGGGGGCGAGACCUCACAGCCCCGGCGCCGAGGGUGACCGGCCGGGGCGGGCGGGGUGUCGUAUAAAGGAGCACGUAAGCAUGCGAACUUCCAUAGGUAGCAGGUAUACAGGUACGCCACCACCUUCCGUCCGGACAAGUUCGCUUUCAUUGGUCUGCUGCGAGAGACAUGCAAAUCCCGAGAACACGCCGUAGCGCCCUGCCACACGUACACCUGCGGGUGCACCUAUAACAAUUCGUAUAGCAGUAUACCCUAUUGCACUGCACGAGCGCGGUAAUAUUCGUAUUAUAUUAUAUCGUCGGCGUUUGUAAUCGUCCAGAGUGCCAGUUACGGAGCAACUCGGGACGCGAACGACGAAAAAGCUGCUCGCGGCACCGGAACCCGUAGAUUCGCGAUUGUGGGCCGACUACGACGUGUGUGUAUCUUUUUAUAUAGGUAAUAACUAUAAUAAUCGUUUACUGCCAGGUGCAUCAGUCUUCGGUCCUUGAGUUCCGAGCAUCGUCAGCACUGUACCCAUAAUUUAUUGCUGUAGCGUAUUAUAGAUCGUCGCCAUGUCUGCCCGAGCGAUCUAUCGACCUGCCACGGCUGCCACCGCCGCCGGUGCGCGUGUGUUCGUGAAAAAGUUCCGCGUCGACUUCUCGCGUAGUGCCGUCGUCUGUUGAAAUGUAGACUACUCGCGAGCACAUCGUCAUCGUCGUUGUUGUAUCGUCAGCGAAAAAUAUGAUAGGCGGGUCCGGCAAGAGGGGCUCGGCGGCCGGCAACAGCAAGCCUCCGUCGUCCACGGCCACCGCCACGGCCGCAGACGACAAGUCAGCUGCCGCCACCGGCGGAGCGUCGAAGACCGACGACAAAAAAGACGAGACCAAAGAUGGAGUUCCACCAACGACUCUACCUAGUCCAGGUUCGUCCAUUAGAGAUGGAGCACAACGAAUUUUACAGUUAUGCCAAAAGUCAGAAUGGCCACCAUUAGAUCAGGCCCUAAAGGUGGUCGAAAAAUUAGUGGCGGCCGGGGGGGAGGAUGUGACGUCAACACCAUUAGCCGGUGUAGUGGAUCAGAGCAAUGGAAUGACGCCCUUAAUGUACGCAGUCAAAGAAAGCAAAACCACAUUCCUAGAACGUUUGGUAGACCUCGGAACUGAUGUUACAAUCAGAAAUAUGGAAAAUUUUAAUGCAUUGCAUUUGGCCGCAACAUACUCAAGAGAAGACGUAAUAAAAGUGUUAUUGCCGAAAAAAGGGGUGGACGUUUACUCUCCAGGAGGUCCAAAACAGCAAACGGCCGUGCACAUGGUGGCGAGUAGGCAGACGGGUACGGCGACGAGCAUACUCCGAGUGCUCUUGGGGUCUUGCGGUAAAGACAUUCGUACCAUUGCCGACGGGGACGGUAAAAUACCGCUGCUAUUGGCCGUAGAAACUGGUAACCAGUCGAUGUGCCGGGAACUGCUGUCAACUCAAGCAGUGGAACAGCUAAAGUUUAAGACUAAGUCCGGUGACAUGGCCAUUCAUUUAGCUGCCAAACGAAAAGACAUAGACAUGAUAAAAAUACUAAUUGACUACGGUGCUAGCGUAGACAGUCAAAACGGCCAAGGCCAGACGGCUCUUCAUAUAGCUUCGGCCGACGGAGACGAAAGUUUGGUUAAAUAUUUUUACGGCGUACGAGCUAGUGCUUCUAUAACAGAUAAUCAAGACCGAACCCCGAUGCAUUUGGCUGCUGAAAACGGCCAUGCAAAUAUUAUAGAGCUGUUGGUUGACAAGUUCAAGGCUUCCAUAUACGAAAGAACGAAGGACGGCAGCACUCUGAUGCAUAUAGCGUCUUUAAAUGGCCACGCGGACUGUGCUAUGAUGUUGUUCAAAAAGGGUGUUUAUUUGCACAUGCCGAACAAGAGUGGUGCCCGGAGCAUACACACCGCAGCAAGAUACGGGCACGUCGGAAUCAUCAACACAUUGUUACAGAAAGGAGAAAAAGUCGACGUCACAACCAACGACAACUAUACUCCUCUGCACAUAGCGGUCGAAUCCGUCAAGCCGGCAGUGAUCGAAACGUUAUUGGGAUACGGAGCCGAUGUCCAUGUAAGAGGCGGGAAACUGCGGGAAACUCCCUUGCACAUAGCCGCUAGAGUGAAAGACGGCGACCGCUGUGCUUUAAUGCUGCUCAAGUCUGGGGCCGGUCCCAAUCUGGCUAUGGACGACGGACAAACACCCGUCCACGUGGCAGCUCAGUACGGAAAUCUCAUAACACUUCAGUUAUUACUAGACGACGGAGGCGAUCCUCUUUUCAAGAACAAAGUGGGAGAAACCCCGUUGCACUUGGCUUGCAGAAGUUGUCAAGCCGAUAUUGUUGGACAACUCGUUGAUUUCGUGAAGUCGAAACAAGGUGAUGAGGUAGCCAAUUCUUACGUAAACAGUGUGAACGAAGACGGCGCGUCCGCGCUGCACUAUGCUGCCAAUAUAAAACAAACAGAAGUUAAUGUGUCAAAACCGAACAACGACGCUAAAGUUAUAAAAUUACUUUUUGAAGGAGGAGCCGACAUCAAUUUACGGACGAAACUGCACCACGAAACAGCUUUACACUUUUGUGCUGUAGCUGGUAACAACGAUGUACUUACAGCAAUGCUGGAUGGUAUGUCACCAACCGAGAUACAACAAUCGAUGAACCGUCAAUCCAGCGUCGGUUGGACCCCUUUGUUGAUCGCUUGUCACAGGGGUCAUAUGAGUUUGGUGAACACCAUGUUAAACAACCAUGCAAGAGUAGACGUGUUCGACAACGAAGGUCGAUCUGCUCUUCAUCUGGCUGCCGAAAGGGGAUACCUGAAAGUAUGUGAUGCUCUACUAACACAUAAAGCGUUCAUAAACAGUAAAUCAAGAGUUGGUUGGACUGCACUACAUUUAGCGGCUAUGAACGGUUUCGCUGAUCUCUGCAGGUUUUUGAUUCACGACCAUAACGCUGUAAUCGAUAUUCUUACACUGAGAAAACAAACACCUCUGCAUUUAGCUGCGUCAGCGGGACAACUAGAAGUAUGUCGAUUACUAUUAGAUUUGGGCGCGAAUAUAGAUGCGACGGACGAUCAAGGACAAAAACCCAUUCAUAUUGCAGCACAGAACAAUUUUCCAGAAGUUGUUCACCUAUUUUUGCAACAACAUCCACAAUUAGUUUUGGCUAGCACUAAAGAUGGAAAUACAUGCGCUCACAUAGCAGCCAUGCAAGGUUCAGUUACUGUGAUCAUUGAACUAAUGAAAUUCGACAAAAACGGGGUGAUCUCAGCUAGAAAUCGUAUCACAGAGGCUACCCCACUUCAAUUAGCAGCUGAAGGUGGUCAUGCCCAAGUGGUUAAGGUUUUAGUAAGGGCAGGAGCAUCGUGUUCGGACGAAAAUAAGGCAGGAUUUACAGCUGUCCACUUAGCAGCACAAAAUGGUCAUUUAUCUGUGCUGGAAGUAUUGCGUUCGUCCCAAUCGCUAAAAAUUUCAAGCAAAAGGCUUGGUAUGACAGCGCUUCAUAUGGCAGCAUACUGUGGUCAAACAGAUACUGUUCGAGAAUUACUGUCUCAUAUACCAGCAACAGUCAAGUCUGAUCCACCGUCUGGUGUCAGUGUAUUGGGUGUACUGGGUAACGAAUCUGGAAUGACACCGUUACAUUUUGCUGCUUACAGUGGUAAUGAAAACGUUGUCCGAUUAUUGCUCAAUUCGGCUGGAGUUCAAGUCGACGCAUCUACAGUUGAAUCUGGUUACAACGCACUUCAUUUGGCGUGUUUUGGCGGGCAUGUAACUGUAGUUGGACUUCUGUUAUCAAGAGCAGCAGAUUUAUUGCACAGUUCUGAUCUUAAUGGUAAAACGUGUCUGCAUAUUGCCGCCUCAUAUGGCCAUUAUGCAAUGGUUGAAGUCUUGCUAGGACAGGGUGCCGAAAUUAACGCCACAGAUAAAAAUGGGUGGACGGCAAUGCACUGCGCUGCUCGUGCUGGGUAUUUAGACGUGGUAAAACUCUUAGUCGAAUCCGGCGCCUCUCCAAAAGCUGAAACCAACUAUGGAGCCUCACCGAUAUGGUUUGCAGCUCAAGAGGGUCAUAAUGAUGUAUUAGAGUACUUAAUGACAAAAGAACACGACACUUAUGGUUUGAUGGAUGAUAGAAGGUUUGUCUACAAUCUAAUGAUUUGUAGCAAAAAUCAUAAUAACAAACCAAUCGAAGAAUUUAUUUUAGUAUCACCCGCGCCAGUAGAUACUGCAGCAAAACUUUCCAGUAUAUACAUUAACUUAUCAAAUAAGGAAAAAGAGAGAGCAAAAGACUUAAUAGCUGCGGGGAAACAAUGCGAAACUAUGGCAACUGAACUUUUAGCCUUAGCUGCUGGUCAAGACUCCGCUGGUCGCAUCCUAACAGCUUCAGACAGACGAAAUACUGAAUUUUUAGACGUUCUUAUUGAAAAUGAGCAAAAAGAAGUUAUCGCUCAUACUGUUGUUCAAAGGUACCUACAGGAACUUUGGCAAGGAAGACUGAAUUGGGCCGGUUGGAAAACACUACUUAUGUUUCUAGGAUUUAUUGCUUGUCCUCCAUUAUGGAUAGUGUUUACGUUACCUCUUUGGCACAAUUAUAGUAAAGUUCCAAUUAUAAAGUUUAUGUCAUACUUGACGUCUCAUGUUUACUUGAUGCUUCUAUUACAAAUGGUUGCCAUCACACCGUAUUAUAAAGCAGCGCGGCAAAAUUUAUUUCCAUAUUGGUACGAAUGGUUGCUCUUGGUUUGGUUAAGUGGUUUGCUACUGUUUGAACUAACUAAUCCAAGUGACAAAAGUGGAUUGGGUUGGGUGAAGUUGGCUGUUCUCUUAUGGAGUGUGAUAGGAGUAGCAUUUCAUUUAGUCGGAUUCUGUGGCCUCGUUUCCAACCCAUAUCUUCCUACUGUUAUGUAUCUUCGGAAUCAAAUGUUUGCUAUAUCAUUUUUGAUGGCGUGCGUUCAGAUUCUGGACUUCCUGUCAUUCCAUCAUCUGUUUGGACCAUGGGCCAUAAUAAUUGGAGAUUUGAUGAAGGAUUUAGCAAGGUUUCUCGUUGUACUGAGCAUCUUCGUGUUUGGGUUUUCUAUGCAAAUUGUUGCAAUGAACCAUCCUAUCACUAAGAAAUUAGAAAAAAAUAAACCAGAAGUUUUUACAGAAGUCAUAAUGAGCCCAGUAGAUGCAUUUGAAUUACUUUUUUUCGCUGUAUUUGGUAUGGCAACACAUAACGACCUGAGACAGGCUUCUAACACGGAUCAACCACCGUGGACGGUUUACUUAUUUAAAGCUGUCUUUGGUAUAUAUAUGUUAGUUUCAGUUGUCGUACUAAUUAACUUACUUAUCGCUAUGAUGAGUGAUACUUAUCAAAGAAUUCAGGCACAAUCUGACAUCGAAUGGAAGUUUGGAUUGGCAAAAUUGAUUAGAAAUAUGCAUAGAACAACUACAACGCCAUCGCCUUUGAACUUAAUUACUACUUGGUUCAUGUAUUUACUAGAGAUAUGCAAGAAAAGAGGUAAAAAUACGCGAAAGAAAAAUAUUCAGGAUACACUUACGAAUUUUUCUAAACUGUUAAAUACAGUUAAGCAAAAAAAGCGCCCAAGUUUAUCACAGAUGGUCGAUAUGAAAACAAAAGGACGAGUAAGUGCCAGGACUCGAAUGGGCAAUAAAUGGCUAUCAAAGGUGAAAAAAGCUCAAGUAGUUCCGAGAGAAUCGAUAUCGGUCAGUGUCGUACAUUUGAGUCCUUACGGAUCUCAGAUAAGUUUUGCGAGCUUGUCGAACCGCAUCGAAACCGUCACAGACUGGGAUUCCAUUGCAAAGAAAUAUCGAGCACUGCAAGGGGCUAGUGAAAAUGACGAGAGAGAAGACACAAAGGCUUCGAACGCAUCGAUGGAACGAUUAACGAGAAGUAACAGCGAAGCCCAAUCAGACCCACAACCGUUCGCAAACAACAUAAAAAACAUUCCAUAACAAAACAAAAAAAAAAUGAUAAUUAAAUCGUGUAAAUUAUUUAAAAAAAAAAUAUUUUUACAUCAAUAUAAUAUAGGUAAAUGUGUAAUAUAUUUAUGUACAAAUUAUAAAUGUACAGAUACCCAGUAUAAAAUAUUAAGUAUAAUUAAGUAUUACUGAUAAACGUGUGAUGGAUAUUAUACAAAGCUUGAUAUAUAUAAAUAUAUAUAUUAUAAGCAAAA